AUGGUGUACGGUGCAAUGGAGGCCGUGAAUCCGGUGCUGGUGGAUGUGAGUCAGCAAUUGAAGUCGUGGCGUGGUGAUGUAAAGAGUUACGGCGGCGGUUCUCUACAGCGGUGGUCAUACAAAGAGUUACGGUGUAAGUGCUCUACGGCGGUGGUGAUGCAAAGAGUUACGGCGGUGGUGAUGCAAAGAGUUACGGCGGUGGUGCUCUGCGGCAGUGGUGAUGCAAAGAAUUAUGGUGGCGGUGGCGGUGGCCGGUGGGGAUGCAAAGGGUUACAGGAAUUUCGGUGUAAGGAAGAGUAG